AUGGAGAAGAUGAUGAAGCAUCAAGAAUUGGCCAACAAAAAUCAUGAAGCCUCACUGAGAAAUUUGGAAAGACAAAUUGUACAGCUAUCCAAACAGCCAGUUGAAAGACCAACCAAUGCUUUUCCAAGUGAUACCAUCCCCAAUCCUAAAGAAGAAUGCAAGGCCAUUAAAUUAAGAAGUGGAAAGACUUUAUUAGGGAAUGAUAAAGAAGCUAACAAGAAGCCAGCAGAGGAGGACAAGCAUGACCAAGAGACGUCCAAUCAGAAAGAGGAAGAGCCCCAAGCUUCAAGAAAAGGAAAACAAGCCAUGGAGGAGCUUCCACAAGAACAGAGGAAGGUGGUGAAACCUUACAUUCCUCCUCUACCAUAUCCUCAAAAGUUGCAAAGAGAGCUCAAAGACCAACAAUUUUCCAAGUUUCUGGAGGUUUUUAAGAAGCUGGAAAUCAAUCUCCCACUUGCUGAAGUAUUAGAGCAAAUGCCCUUAUAUGUAAAAUUUCUCAAGGAACUCAUUAACAAGAAGAGAAGCUGGAAUGAGAAGGAGACCGUGAUCUUGACACAAGAAUGCAGUGCAGUAAUUCAAAAGGGUCUCCCACCAAAACUCAAGGAUCCUAGAAGCUUCUUUUUGCCUUGCACUAUUGGCAACAUGUCCAUUGAUAAGGCACUGUGUGAUCUAAGAUCAAGUAUCAAUCUGAUGCCUUUAUCUGUGAUGAGAAGGUUGUUUAUAGAAGAAGUAAAGCCUACAAGGAUGUCCUUGCAACUUGCUGAUAGAUCAAUGGUAAUCCCCAAUGGAGUGGUUAAGAAUCUCUUAGUCAAGGUGGGGAAGUUCAUAUUUCCAGCGGAUUUUGUGAUUCUGGAUCUAGAUGAAGAGGGAGGCGAUUGUAUCAUAUUAGGAAGCCUUUCCUAG